UCCAACACCGCCACCAUUCCGCCCCUACCUUCCCGUUGCCGGCGGCCCCCAGCUGCCACCAUGCAAGAGCUCAUCGCCAGCGUGGAUCACAUCACGUUCGACCUGGAGCUGGCCGUGGAGCAGCAGCUGGGGGCACAGCCGCUCCCCUUCCCUGGCAUGGACAAAUCGGGUGCAGCUGUCUGUGAGUUUUUUUUAAAGGCGGCAUGUGGAAAAGGAGGCAUGUGCCCAUUCAGACACAUCAGUGGGGAAAAGACAGUUGUUUGUAAACACUGGCUACGAGGACUGUGCAAAAAGGGAGACCAGUGCGAGUUCCUGCACGAGUAUGACAUGACCAAGAUGCCUGAGUGUUACUUCUACUCCAAAUUUGGGGAAUGCAGUAACAAGGAAUGUCCAUUCUUGCACAUUGACCCGGAGUCGAAGAUCAAAGACUGUCCCUGGUAUGACAGAGGCUUCUGCAAACACGGUCCCCUGUGCAGACAUCGGCACACUCGGAGAGUCAUUUGUGUGAAUUACCUGGUAGGAUUCUGUCCAGAGGGCCCUGCCUGUAAAUUCAUGCACCCUCGGUUUGAACUGCCAAUGGGAACCACAGAGCAACCACCACUGCCUCAGCCAACACAAACACAGCAAAAGAGGACACCCCAAGUCAUUGGAGUCAUGCAAUCUCAAAAUAACAACAGUGGGAACAGAGGACCCCGGCCGUUGGAGCAGGUCACCUGCUACAAGUGUGGUGAAAAAGGUCAUUAUGCCAACAGAUGCACCAAAGGACACCUGGCCUUUCUCAGUGGACAGUGAAGGAGCAGCAGGAAGGUGCAAGGGAGCUGUUACCACUGAGGAAAGGUUUCUGCCUAGCACAAUGUCUGGAGCUAUUAAUCAGGUUGUUUUUUUAAUGCCAUUACUGAAAGAACUGGUCAGAGGCUGGCUGCUGCUAAGCAACAUUUUUGUAAUUGUUCCCAACUUUUUUUAAGUUUUAACCUUUUUAAAAUCAAUUUUGGCCUCCGCCUGUGUUCAUUGAGCCCUUAUGAAAGGUAGAUCUAAAAGCCAGUAGAUAAACCAAGCCCUUACUGGUGCAGCACUCCACAUAAACACAUCUUAGGCCAGUGUUUCUUUAAAGUAUUUUCCUUCUGCCACUUCUCUUUGGAGAAUCUGCAGCGUUUCAGCCCUCCCUGUGGAAGCAGGAAGACUGACUGGGAAGACUUAACACUUGCAAUGCCUUCUCCUCAGUGAGGAAGCAGGGAUUCUGCUGUCCUGUGGCUCUUCAAAAGCCAAGUCCUGUUUCCAGGUCAGCCUGGUGAGCUUGUCCUGGUGGCUGACAAACCCCUCACCUACAUCAGGCAGUAAAACCUGUGUCCACUCA